AUGAAUCGAAAGCUCCUCAGCGAAAAGGAACUAGCUGAAUUUCAGAAUCUUUAUGAGUUUCUUAUGAUUGACGAUUACAUUCAAGAGAUGAUGCAACACCCAUGCACGCCAAGGCCAAACAACAUGGAAUAUCUCAUCGUCACUCCACGACAACCACAAACGCUUAAUCCGAAUGGGGCCACAAGCUCAAAGUUGCUCCAAAAGCGAAUGACCGCCAAACAAAUUAAAAGUUUGUUCAAACGCACUGGAUUCGAAGUGAGUGACCAAGUCAUUCAAGAAAUCGUCUACCCCAACAGAGCAAAAACAAGAUCUUCAUCCAAAAAAUCGCGACGUCAUUCACGGUCAUCAUCCCUAACAAGAGGGUCUCUUUCAUUCGCUAAGUUUCUUUCACUGGCCAACACAAAACCUUCCAUUAGAAUUUGUGUCACAAAAAAUCAAGUAUUGCAAGCGUUCAAAAUACUAAGCGAAGAUUGGGCAGAUGAAAAUGGUUGGAUAGAUUGUGAUGUUUUAGAAAAUUAUUUGAUGAAUUUUUCAUAUCAUACAGAAAAAGCAUUUGAGGCCAAUAACGCUGAUUACUCUCUGGAAGAGUUAUGUGACACAGAGAGAACCCAUACAACCACUGAAUCUACGCACAGGUCAUUUCUUAGUGAAGAAGUGAGAAAGUUUUUGGACCAAGAUUUUGCAAAAGUCAGGAAUAUGUUGGAUCCUUUUGAAACUGGUCAGUUUAACUAUCAAAAGUUCAUCGAUUUGGCUUUUGGUGACCAAUGUCAAACUAGACAAUAA